AUGGCGGACGCACCUGUUCCCAUCACAGAAUGGCCCGAUUAUUCUGUGGACCCUCAGGGGGGAGAUCCGAUCACUCAGGAUCUCAACGCCAUGUAUGACAAGGGUGACCUGUGCUGGAUCCUCGUUUGUACGAUUCUAUGCUGGCAGAUCACUCCGGCCAUCGGUUAUCUCUACGCCGGGAUGCAUCGCCGCAAAGCUGCCUUGACCAUGAUCUUCCAGUCUCUGUUCUGUGCCUGUGCGUGCGGCAUUCAAUUCUGGAUCUACGGCUACUCCCUAUAUCAAUCGCACACGACCAAUCCGAUGCUGGGCAACGUCAGCCUUGCAGCCCUGCACAACGUGCUCGCCCAGCCGUCGCUCGCCAACUCCGACAUCCCGGAUAUCCUGUACGCCUGCUUUGGAUUCACCUUUGUCACUGCGACCGCGAUGAUCCUGGCCGGAGCGAUGCUUGAGCGUGGCCGUCUCUGGCCGUCCAUGCUGUUCCUGCUGUGCUGGACCACUUUCGUCUACUACAUUCUGGCGUACUUUGAAUGGAAUCCGAAUGGCUGGCUGUAUAAGCUCGGCGUGUACGACUUUGCCGGCUCCGGCCCCGUGCAUAUUGCCAGCGGCUUCAGCGCGCUGGCAUGGAGUUUGAUGCUCGGGCCCCGUCUGAGUGAGCAUCCUUCCGGGGAAAGACAGAAGAUCAUCCACUUCAAGCCUCACAAUCCGUUUCUUGUGGGUAUUGGGACUUGCUUCAUCUGGUUCGGCUGGUUCGCAUUCAAUGGUGCCAGUACUGCCAAUCUUUCUAUCCGAUCCAUCUACGUCGUGGUCAACACCAAUCUGGCCGCCUGUGGAGGUGGCAUUGGCUGGACGCUGCUGGAGUACUAUUUCACCCAGAAAUUCAGCAUCAUUGGCUUCUGCUCCGGCAUUAUUUCUGGAUUGGUGGGCAUCACUCCUGCCGCUGGCUAUGUUCCUGUCUACGUUGCUGCCCUCGUCGGCCUCAUCACCUCCGUCUGUUGCUUCUUCACCAACAAGUACAAGUACUUGAUCUCCAUCGACGAAGGGCUCGACAUCUUCGCCCUCCACGGAGUCGGCGGCUUCGUCGGGGACAUCCUGACCGGCUUCUUCGCCGCCUCGUGGGUCCCUGCCCUCGACGGUGUUUCUGGCGGCACAUACGCCGGCGGCUGGUGGGAACACAACUGGAUCCAGCUCGGCUACCAACUCGCGGCCGCGACCACGUGUGCGGCCUGGAGUUUCGUCGUCAGCUGCAUCUUGUUGUUCAUCAUCAACAAGAUCCCCGGAUGCCACUUGCGCGUCAAGGAGGAGGACGAGCACAUGGGUCUGGAUUUCAAGUACUUGAGCGAUGCGCACUGGACGGAGCUGGAGAGAGGUAGCUUUGGUGGGUUCGCGCCAGAGGGCACACAUCAGGGUGUCCCCUUCUCCGGCUCUGGGCCGGGGAGCGAGAGUGAGAGUCCGAAGAAGGAAGAGGCGGCGCCCAGGAAGCAGGACUAG